CUGCGACCAUCCGAAGAAUCUGCGGCAUUGUGACCGUAGUCGUUGGAGUUUGUGUGCGAAACAAAGCCGCCCAAUUUGUGAGCCAACAGCGCUCUCACCCUUCCUCCAAGUCGAACCAGCAAAGUAAAAAUGUUGUUCAACAACUUUAUCCCUCAGUCUGAAGGUUGGUUGCCCAAGUGGCAGUUGUUCGUUGCAGCGACAGCUCUAUUCAAUACCAUACAAAAUCUCGUCAGCCUCAAGUUGACGAAGCGUCUCUAUGGAGGGUCUCCUCUAGUGAACCCUCUCCAAGCCAGAACCUUUGCCGUUUGGACACUAACCUCAAUGAUUGUGCGCGGCUAUGCAGCUUAUCACUUACACCUCAGACCGAUCUACGACAUAACACUGUUCACUUAUUUCAUUGCAUUCUUUCACUUCACCUCGGAGACCAUGAUCUUCAGAAGCGUCAAGUUCUCUGGGCCGAUGAUAUUCCCAUUCCUGGUUUCGACGGUUACAUUGAUUUGGAUGUUCAACCAACGCGACUUUUACGUGACAGCGCAAGGUUCGAUGUAGUGGGGGUUGGUUUGUUGUUUGGAUGUCCUUAGAAUCGUUUCGCUGAAUUCGGUUACUGUUUACGCGGUCCCGACGACCCUAACAUGGGCUGUCAACCAACACUUCAUGGUCCCUAUUGUGGAUCAGGUUUGGAAAAAUAUAAAACUUUGGUGUCGAUCACCCUCUUCUCGUGUCUGAUCGGUCGC